GUUAAUCACUUGAUCGCACAAUGAAGGCUUUGAUCCUCGUCGGAGGCUAUGGCACGCGAUUGCGACCUUUGACACUUUCUCGUCCAAAGCCCCUCGUAGAGUUUGCCAACAAGCCCAUGCUCAUGCAUCAGGUGGAGGCCCUGGUUGAGGCUGGAGUGUCCCAUGUUAUAUUGGCAGUUAGUUACAGAGCUGAGCUUAUGGAAAAGGAGCUGAAAGAGCACGAGAAAAGACUAAAAAUAACGAUCUCAAUGUCUCAUGAAGAGGAACCCAUGGGCACAGCUGGUCCUCUGGCACUUGCUCGCAAGCUCCUCACAACCGAUUCUGAGCCAUUUUUCGUACUGAACAGUGACAUCAUCUGCAACUUCCCAUUCAAAGAAAUGCUUCAGUUUCACAAAUCACAUGGGAAAGAGGGCACAAUAGUGGUUACCAGAGUCGAGGAGCCUUCGAAGUAUGGCGUUGUAGUGUAUCAACCGAAUGGCCGGAUAAAUCGGUUUGUAGAAAAGCCCCAAGUGUUCGUAUCAAACAAGAUAAAUGCCGGAAUAUACAUAUUCAAUCCUGCAAUUUUGGACAGGAUAGAGCCGAAACCGACUUCUAUUGAGAAGGAAGUAUUUCCUCGUAUGGCCGAAGGAGGACAGCUUUACGCAUUUGACUUGAACGGAUUCUGGAUGGAUGUUGGUCAACCGAAGGACUUUCUCACUGGCAUGUGUUUGUAUCUCAAGUCAUUACAAGAUCAUAACCCCCAAAAGCUAUAUAGUGGUGACGGUGUUGUGGGCAAUGUUCUUGUGGAUGACACAGUGAAAAUUGGAAACAACUGCAGAAUAGGUCCGAACGUUGUAUUAGGACCCGAUGUUGUCAUAGAAGAUGGGGUUUGUAUAUCGAAGUGUACUGUUCUUCGAGGUGCACGGAUCAAGUCUCACGCUUGGCUCAAUAGUUCGAUCAUCGGCUGGAGGUCAACGGUAGGACAGUGGGUUCGUAUGGAGAAUGUUUCUGUUCUUGGUGAAGACGUUGAGAUCGGUGGUGAACUUUACAUCAAUGGUGGCCGUAUUCUACCCCACAAAGUUAUCAGUGCAUCUGUUCCCGAACCUCAGAUCAUAAUGUGAACGUGGGUGGGACGAUGGAAAUUAGAUCUACGGCAAGUUGCCAACAGUCAGCCGAUGGUUUUAUGUUCUUUUACAUCAGGAUAUUAACUCCA